AUGGCCAUCAAUGUGACAAAAGUCGAGAAGAAAUUAGCCUACGACAAGAAGCUAUGCAGCCUCUUGGAUGAGUACAGACAGGUUCUAAUCGUUGUCGCCGAUAACACUGAGUUGGAUCAAUCUGAGAUCUCUUCUUUCCAAAUAUUUAACAUUCCCACAAAGAGUAACAAGGACUCUGUUGAAAUCAUUACCCCUAUUGAAUUGAUCAAGAAAGGAGACAAAGUGAGUUCCUCUGAGGUUGCCCUCCUUGCCAAACUUGGGAUAAAUCUCUUCUCAUAUGGGUUUGUGGCGCUCUCUGUCUAUGACAACACAUCUGUCUUCGGUCCAGAGGUACUUAACCUCACUGAUGAUGACCUCGUUGACAAGUUUGUAGCUGGUGUUUAUAUGGUUACUUUGCUGCCCCUGGCUUUCUCUUAUCUAACUUUUGCAGCUGUGCCUCACGUGUUAAUCAAUGCCUACAAGAACAUCCUUGCUAGCCCUGUUGACACUGAAUACACUUUCCCACAAGCUGAAAGGGUGAUGGAGUAUCUCAAAGAUCCAAGCAAGUUUGCUGUUGCCAUUACCCCUGUUGCAGCUACUGAGAAUACUGCUGCUCCUGAUUCCAAGGAAGAUUCCAAGCAAGAUUUCAAGCAGAGUUGCAACAUACAUACCCUCAUGUGGGUCUUGUUCAGCUAA